UAAAUUAAUGACAACUGACAAACCACAAAGUGACAGAUAUCGCACAACAAUAGAAAAUGGAUGUCUUCCGAUAAAAUUUAAACAAUAUUAUUAUUUUUUUACUUUAGUUUCUAUAAAGUAGUUUUGUAUAUUAGUGAUACAUACAUCAUAAUUAUUAGUCACAUUUAUAUUAAAUCAUAUAAAAUGAUAUCACGAAAGGGACAGAAAGCUAUCAAUGAAGGGGUUGUCGGUAAAUAUGUGAAAAAAGAUACUCCACCUGAUUUGCCAAUAAUAAAUGUUUGGACGACUGGGAACAAUAGACGGCCACGCAGCCAGCCUUUCGGAUCCAGUGAUACAAAUACUCAAAGUAUUGAAAAUAAAUUCGGUAAAUCUCAAACAAUGAGUGGUCAUGCUGGAAAGUAUACUCCUAGUGAGUCUGUACCUAACUUAGCACACAGAUUUGCUGGUUUGUCUACUACUGGUGAUACUGCUAGCACUUCCAGCAACUUUAACUCUCAGUUUCACUUAGACACUAAUUUGGCAUCUCAUUCAACAUUAAACGAAAUUGAUGAAUCAUUUAGUCGUCAGACCAGCCAUCGAUAUUAUAGACAAACUCAACAAGAAGACCCUAUAUAUCAGAAUCAACAGCAGGUAUCAUAUGUACAACAGCAAAAACAACAACAAUAUAGUUCCAGGGAGUCUAGUAUGCCACGAAUAUCAUCAAACUUAAGUCUGACACCUCGACUUCAUCCUCCAUCCCCGCAUUCAAUUAGACUCCAUUGCACAGAAUCUUAUACAACAGCAAGUCAAUCUUCACCAAUAUAUUCCAAUUAUGUCAAUACUCCUGCCCUUCCGUACCACAAUAAAGGUCAUGGUGGAAAUAUAAUUUCUUCUAGCCAGGGUUCUGAAGAGUGUGAGUUGCCCCUACCGCCUGGCUGGUCAGCAGAUCGCACUUUAAGGGGGCGCCGCUAUUACAUGGAUCACAAUACUCAGACCACACACUGGACGCAUCCGCUCGAAAGUGUUCCGCGUCCCUGGCACCGUGUGUCCACUCCACACCAUGGCGUUUAUUACUUUAAUGAAAUAACUCAUCAGACGACAUAUGCCCAUCCAUGCUUAGUGGGAGGGUGCUACUUAGUCAGUCCUCUAGUGCCUACUCUUGUUCCACCAUACCUUCUGGAGGAAAUACCACACUGGCUUAUAGUUUAUUCAAAAGCUGAUCAAGAACUAGACCACAAGUUGAGAUGGAAUAUGUUCCGUUUGAGUGAACUUGAUUGUUAUUCAGAUAUGCUGACAAGACUUUAUAAACAGGAGCUUCAGCUAAUUGUUAUGAAAUAUGAGCAAUACAGAUCUGCUUUAUUACAAGAACUUGAAAGAAGAAGGCAUGCCAAGGCUUGUCAUGCACAUUCAAAUUAUUAAGUCAAACAUAAAUGCCCUAAUGAGCUGUGAUUUAAUAUAUAAGAUAAAAUGUACAUAAAGAAUUAACUAUGAAAA